AAAUAAGAAGGGGAUCCAUAGUCGCAUUUCGACACUUGCUUUAACAUAGACGAAAUAGUGAAACGCGAGCUGCUCAGAGAACAAUGGCGAUGGCGAUGCUCCGAUCUGGUGCCCUCCGGACCGCCCUGCGCGGUGGCUCUCGCUCCUCUGCCCAGCCCAAGCGCUCCUUCUCCUCCUCCGCCGGUCACGACGAUGCUUACGAGACGGCCAAGUGGGAGAAGAUUACAUACUUGGGCAUUGUUUCGUGCACUGGGCUAGCUGUUUACAUCCUGUCAAAGGGUCAUCAUCACUACGAAACGCCUCCUCCGUACCCAUAUUUGCAUAUCCGCAACAAGGAGUUCCCAUGGGGUCCUGAUGGCCUCUUUGAAAUCAAGAAUGAAGACCACCAUUAAGCUGCAUUGUGGCACAUUUCAUUGAGAUACCGUUUGGAAUAAUUCCCGUUUCAUAUUUUUCAUGUCAAAACAGAGUUAGGCUUGCUCUUUUGGAAAUUUGUUGGAUAUCAAUGCCUGCAAUUAUUUUGCAUUAUGAAAUCUGGAUCAAGACCUUUUGUCAAGUUGAUAAAUCUGUUGUAAUCAAUGACACAAAAUAAGAUGGUUUUGAUGGGUUUUCUCCUUUCAGUUGACUGCUUAUCUCACUUGAUGGGAAUGUUGUGCG